AUGUUAGAAAUACAAAUAAUCAAGAUUGAAGACCCAGGACGUCUGUGGGGUCGAGUUCUGAAAGGACCUAGUAUUCAGCCGGACAAUCCAGAGCAAUAUGAAAACCUGACGGUUAAAAUGAACCUUUUCUACCAUGAGGUUGACCUGGAUGUUCAAAAAAUAAAACCAACUGAAUUGAAGGAGGGGCUGGUGUGUGUGGUGUUCAGUCCGGAUCUGAAGAGUUGGUGUCGGGCUGUGGUGGAGUCUGUCUUUCAGGGGACAACCAGCGGUCAGGCAUUGUGCCUCUUAGUCGACCAUGGAGAUCGCAUCAUCACCAGGGCAGAGGAUGUAAGGACUCCUCUUGAGAAGUUCCUGCAGCUUCCUUUCAGAGUGAGACACUUUAAACUGGCUGGAAUACGUCCUAUGACACUACAGUUAUCCAUCUCCAAUGAGAUGGCUAAGCUUGUGCCAUCUUCAACGUGGGACAGCUCUGCCACAAAAUACCUGCACAACCUUUUACAAGUGUCCACUCUUGUUGAAGCUGUUCUAUGUGAAACGCAUGCAGGCUGCUCUUCCAUUGAACUUUACUUGACCAUUAAAAACACAAAGAUCUGUGUGAACCACGAGCUGGUGGUGAAGAAGUUUGCCUGUUUCCUGAGUGAGAAGUCCAGUGCUGGAAAAGGAAACAUGAAUGGAGAUCGCUUUCCUGUCAGUCUGGCAUGGGACAUCUACUCCAGCCCUUAUCAGCUCUUAGAGAUGAAUGGCUGCUGUCCAGUCAAAACUCCUCCUCCAGAUAUUCUCAUCAGGAAAGAUCGGAAAGAUGAGCCACAUUUAGAAAUGGUGCAGCAGAAACCACAGGUGCCAGCGGAAAUACACAAUCCAUCUCAAAUUAAAUCUCAAGUCCCUAAACUGACACGCAAUUCUGGAACAUAUACUAUUGGUAGAGGAUGGCGCAUAAGAGCAGAGGCCACUGACAUCUUUACAGAUGAAUCAUUCUCUCAGACUGAUGCCAAGUCUCAUGUGAGUGGCUCCUCAGAAAAUCAGGAAGCAGCAACUCUCUCAGAAGAGUCUAGUCUUGAAGAUCAGAUCGCCUGUUCAAGACUCGUGCAGUUCCUGAACCCUGAGCCACUGAACCCAGACCAAGAUCAUGUUGAUACCAAAGUUCUGCGCUGUGAUCAGGGUCACACUGGGGUUUUAGUGCACACUCCCCUUCCUGUUAACCCCUGCAGUCGCCUGGCACGUGCACCCAUUUCCAAACUUUUCAAGAAGUUCCUGAUGUGGAAGAAGUACAGUGGACCGAAUGUAGCUGAGAGUUACUGCUGGCCCGCUGUGGCACGGGGUUGUGACACGGUGCUAGUGUCACAAAGUGGAGACAAUCCUCUGUCCUACAUCCCUCCACUGCUGAUGCAGUUACAGAUGGUUUCUGUUUCUUCCAGUCUUGCUGCUCGUACUGGGCCCAUUGCAGUGAUCCUGUGUCCUAGCUGGGAGAAGGUGCAGAUGGUGCUGGAACUCCUGGAGGACAGUAAAGCAACUGGGAACCUCCAUCCCACCAGUAUGCUGCUGGGGCUGGAUCAGGAUGAGCCUAAAAAGGCUAAGAUUCAGAGGAACUGUCAGUUGCUGGUGACGACACCGUUCACCAUAAUGAGACUGCUGGAUGCGCAGUGCUUCCUCUUCCUGAGACUGUGUCACCUGGUGCUGGAUGAGGCUGAUGUCCUGUACUCACAAGCACCUGAGCAGAUGUCCGUGAUCUUGAAACACUUCCAGAAGGUGGUGUCCGGAGAGGAGAGGUCCUCAUGCCCCAGACAGAUCAUCGCGGUGGGCAGCCGCUGGAGUGCGGGGAUGGAAGGUCUGGUCAGAGAGCACAUGAUUUACCCCUCCAUUAUCAUAACAGUGAUGGAGGAGGCUGCUCUGUAUGGCAGAGUACAUCAGAGGGUUCAGUUGUGUCUGGACUGUGAUAAGAUCUCAGUGCUGCUUGGAUCUCUGGACUUCCACCCGCCCAAACCACAGAAAACCCUCAUCAUUACCAACUCAAUGGAGGAGACCGAGCAUGUGUAUAAGGCUGUGGUCAACGCUGCCAUUUUCACACUGAAAGCUCAUGAAGGAGUGACAGACCAAUUUGACUUUGUCAUUGAUCAGUGGAGGAAAGACAUCGGGCCUGGAACACAAGUCAUUUUGGUUACCACCAACGACUGCCUUAAAGCUCUGGGUAUCAGGGAUGCCACCUGUGUUGUGCAUUAUGGGUUUCCUAGCUCCCCUAAGCUCUUUGGUAGCCGCCUUUUCUGCAUGUCGGAGAACUUCAGAAACUUCUCUGAGCCAAUUCCCGAUCUUGCUGAGUGCUCGUCUCCUGCAGCUCAGUCUGUUUUGCUGUUGUCAGAGCAGAAUGCCCGUCAUGUGUGUGGUGUGUUGAAGUAUCUGAGGAGAGCUGGAGCUCUUCUGCCCCCUGAACUCCUGCAGUUUGCUUUGGGGGUCCAACAGGCCAAAGAAGAGCAGAAGAUGGACAGACCACUCUGCUGCUCGCUCAAGAGCUUCGGCUUCUGCAGAGACAGCACAGUCUGUCCAGAUAGACACAUGAUCAACGUAUCUCUGGACCAUCCUCUGCACCCUGAUUCUGGAACUGUUAUGGUUUUGCCACUAAACAUCAAGACUGCGAAUGUGUACUUUGGCCGUAUUGUGAAGCAGAAAGAGGAUUGUUACGAGACUCUUGCUGCUCAAAUGAACCUGCACUAUGCUAGUGAGAGACGCUGUGCUGUGGAAGUGCUGAAGGGAGAACUUUACGCCAUUCAAGAGGAGAGCGUCUAUAACAGGGUGCGUGUGAUUGAGGUGCCAGAAAAAGGAGAGCAGCUGUUCAGCAGUGUCACUGCCUACUUCAUAGAUGAGGGCCGCACACAGGAAGUAAAGUCACACCAGCUACUGCAGCUUCCUGCUCAGUUCCAGGAAUUGCCAGGCCAGGCUGUGGAGAUCAUUCUUUGCAGGAUCCAACCUAUUGAUGGAGAGGUUGACUGGAAUCCAAAGGUUAACAGAGCCAUUAGUUUGAAGAUCAAAGGGAAGCUGCAUCAGGCCAGAGUGGUGAUGUGUGUUGGCAAUGCUGUCUGGGUUGAUCCCAUGGUGCGUAUGACACGUGUUCCAGGUUUAAAGACCUACAUUAAUGAGUAUAAUGUCCACACUGAGAUCUUGAACUUUGGGUUUGGUGUGAAUAAUCCUCAACACUUGGAAUUGCUGAAGAGGGUUUUCCAGGGAGAGGAGAACUCCAGCAAACUGGAUCAGCCCCUGACAGAAAACAGGUUACCACAGUCACUGCUCUCUUCAGUGUACUCGCAGCAAAGAGUUGAGGUGACUGAAGAUGCUCUUAACAGCAGGAUGAGAGACAUUGUCCGCGGUCACACUGCAGUCGAGCUCUCUGAGACCUCCAAGAGCAUCAGCGCUGGAGUGUGUAAUGGAGGAGUAAAUAACACUGAUUCAGACUCCUCAGAAGAGAACAUGAAUAUCAUGAGCCCUUCUGACCUGAAUGGAUUGUCAUCUCCAAACCAGAACAGACCUACCAGCCCUGAAACAGAUGAGUUUAUAAUCAGGGAUGAUAUCCUAAAUGCCAAGAAAUUACAGACACCAAGAAAUUUGAAAAAUUCAGGCAUUUUGGCAUUCCAGCCUACCAGUUUUCAUCCACAGAUCAAAUGGUUUCAGAGAAAUGAGUUUGUCACUGUUUAUGUGAAGCUCAUCAAUCCAGUGAUGCAGAAGUGUGAAUUCUUCUUUGACACAGUCAUUUACAGUGGGUAUGUGAAUGACCGUCAUUACUAUGCAAAGCUUGAGCUGUUCAGUGACAUCAUCACAGAGGAGUGUUCAUGGAAAAUGAAGUGUAAUGAGCCUGUGAUGAAGCUGAUAAAGAAAGAAAAACGGGACUGGAAAACACUCCUCAAACAAAAGAGUGCAUUUGUCAGCUAUGAAUUUGAGUACAUUGAUGAGGCUGUAGUUUCUACAGUAAAUGGGCAAUUGUUCUUGGCCCAGGCAGGAGAGGAAGGUUGUUACGUCAGCUCAGAGAGCAACAGUGACAGUGACUGA